AUGUCCACCAAUCUUCUCUGGAGAGAGAAGAGCCUCGAUGUGGUCGGUGGGAGCGGCUCACUGGUUUCCUCCGGCAGCAGUGGCGUCCUCACGUCGGUAGGAGGAACCUCCGCCUCCGGCAGCACCAUCGCCUCCUCGCUCAGCUCCGGCCUGACCCCUGGAGGUCACGGGGGUCACCUGGGGGAGGAGCCCAGCGACCUGGAGGAGCUGGAGCAGUUCGCUCGCACGUUCAAGCAGCGACGCAUCAAGCUGGGAUUCACACAGGGAGACGUGGGCGUCGCUAUGGGCAAACUGUACGGUAAUGACUUCAGCCAGACGACCAUCUCCCGCUUCGAGGCUCUGAACCUCAGCUUCAAGAACAUGUGCAAGCUGAAGCCGCUGCUGGAGAAGUGGCUGAGUGACGCCGAAAUCAUGGCGGUGGACAGCAUGCUGCCCAGCCCCUCCUCUCUCUCCUCCCCCAUGCUGGGGAUCGAGGGGCUGCCCGGCCGACGCAGGAAGAAACGCACCAGCAUCGAGACCAACGUGAGGGUGAUGCUGGAGCGCAACUUCCACAUGAACCAGAAGCCUACCUCGGAGGAGAUCCUGCUGAUGGCGGAGCAGCUCAACAUGGAGAAGGAGGUGAUCCGCGUUUGGUUCUGCAACCGCCGGCAGAAGGAGAAACGCAUCCACCCCUCCAGCAGCACCACCCCCCCACUGCCCAGCCAGACUUCUCCCAUCAUGACGCACAAAGCCCCCUGCUACAGCCCGCACAUGAUCUCGAGUCCCGGUCUGUCCCAGGUCACCACCAGCCUCAGCACAACAGCUGCCAGCCUGUCACCUUCAGCGUCCUGCCCCAUGACGCCCGUCAGCUCGGCUGCCGUCGGCUCCACCUCUUCUUCUGUGACUCCUCCCCCUCAUAGCACAGCCAGCCCCGCCCCUCCCGGCCUCGGCGCCCACGGGCUCCACACCGGGAACACAAUGAUGGGAGUAAGCACAGCGAUGAACCAGGCCCUCAUGGGCAGCAAUCCCCUGGCCACAAUGCAAGCCCUGGCAGCGAGCAGUGGUCAGCUGUCCAUGUCCAGCCUCGACGGGGGGGCAGGUCACCUGCUCCUGGGUGGACACGGGGUCACAGUCCGCUCGUUCCUCAACCGCCCCACCCUCCUCCCGAUGGUGACCGGCUCCAUGGGGACGUCCUCCACGCCGGCCAUGGGACUGGUCAGCAGCAGCGGCCUCGGCGUCCCGAGGACCUCCUUCUCCCUGUCCCCGCCCACCGGCGCCAGCGACCUCAUGAGCCCCGCCUCCUGUCACGAGGAGUCCGCCUCCCCGUGUUCCAGCCCCGCCUCUUUCUGUUCCUUCAGCGAGGCCUCGCCGCCGCCCCUGGGAGGGGCCAUGGCCGAGUGA